GCUGUAACACACCACGUCUGGCGUCAUUACGAAAAACAUUCAGACAAGAAAAUACAACGGCCAGUUCUAACGCAUGUCAACAUAAAAGCACCCGACCCCCCCAAAAAAAUAAAUAAAAUAAAAUAAAAAGUUAUCAAGAGUUACCAACUUUGAAGAAGGUACAUAUUUAAAAAGACAAGCAGUAAGUAUAAUAACCACUUAUAAAUGAUACCCACUGGAUAAGUAGUGCUUUUCUGUGUUUUCUUUUAUGGCCAGAGUGGGUAAACGGCUUUGCUGCCAAGAAGUCACACAGACGGUUUGAAACGGUUGAAACUUUAAAAUGGAUAAUAAUAUUUUUUUCCCCACGAGAAUUGCCCAUGUAUUUUAGCACAUUUGUAAAUUACUGAUUUGUUUAUUUUGCAGUAAUAGCCUUCUGAUAGAAGUGUACUUGAUAAAUACAUAUUGAUGUGUACUCUGGCCGCCAUCUAGUGGGAAAAUAAUGUAAUAAAUACCUUCAUGAAACUUCACAAUUUACCCUUUACACAAUUUAAGAUUCAAAGGUUUUAUUUGUCAUGUACACACUAAUACAGGGUACAACGCAUAGUGAAAUGCUGAGUGGUUGACUGUGCAGGUAAGCAUAAAAUAUAUUAUGAAUAAUAGAAUAGAAUUUUUUUUUUAAAUCCAAGAACAAUGAAGAAAGAAAAUGCAAUAAAGAAUAGAGUUUAAAAAAAAGAAAAGAAAAAUCAAAUAAGGUAGGAGAGGAAGGAGUGGAUUAGUCUGCCAUUUGCAAAUUGUAGUGGUGUGCAAUGAGCUUAAAGAAAAAUUUUGAGGAUAUGCAUGUGUGCGGGUAGCAGGCAGAUAGUCUAAAAUGUAGGUGUACUAAAGUGACUUGUGCUAGUAGUGGGAGUCCAGUUAGUGGGAAUUCAGGGUUCUAAUGGCCUGUGGACAAAAGCUCCUCCUGAGCAUUUCAGUGUAGGCCAUCUGGUGCAGAGGCGUUUGCCUGACCUCAAAAGUUUGAACAGCCCCGGCCUGGGGUGGCAAGUGUCCUUGAUUUUCAGGGCUCGCAACCUGACCUGCCUGAUGUAGGAGGUGUCCUAUCUAGAAAUAUGUUAUGCUGAACAUACAGCUCUCUGCAGGGCAUUACUGUCCUGGAUGGAGCAGUUGCCAUACCAUUUCAGGAUGUUCAGGAUGGAAUAGGCAUAGAAUGACCUUAGAGUGUAAGCAGAAACCAUGAAUUUCUGGACUUGUCUGAGGUUGUAAAGUUGUUUGCUUGCUUUUUUUUUUUUUUUUUACUGUGUUCUGCGUGUGGGGUGACCAGGAAAGGUCUUUGGUAAUGUGCACACCAAAGUAUUUGAAGCUGGUCACCCUUUCCACAGGAGCCUCUUUGAUAAUUAGAGGGGUGUAGUUUCCAUUCUGCUGUCUUCUGAAGUCCACAACCAUCUCUUUAGUCUUACUGAUAUUCAGUGCAAGGUUAUUACCCCAGCACCACUGCGCUAGGUCAUCCACUUGCUUCAGGUAGGCCUGCUCAUCACUGUUCAAGGUUCAACGUUCUUUAUUUGUCACAUAAAUAUUGCAUAGAUGCGAUGUAAUGUAUUGAAAUGUUUUUCCAUAGUGCCUCGUCCCACAGUGCAACAACGAACUAGAUAUACACAUGCAUAAUAAUAUAACAGAAUAUAAUAAAAUCUAGGAGACUAUAUGAUAAUGAAGGUUUAGCAGCCUCUAGAGGAAUGUAAUGUAGAAUAUGAAUAUAAAUAAAUAGAAUUUGUUUAAAAAAAAACAGAUAUACAGAGCUGUAGUGUGCAAAAAAUUUUCUCAUAGUGUAAAUGAUUCUGUAUAGAAAUAUACAGAGCUUUACAGUGUAAGAGUUUUUAUGUAGUGUGCAAAAAAAUUGUUUUUCCAUAGUGCAAACUGUUUGUGUCUGUGUGUCUGUGUGUGAGGUAGAAAUAUGUAGACUUCUCAAGUGUCCUCAUUCAGUAGCCGGAUUGCCUGAUGGUAGAAACUCCUCCUGAGUCUCUCUGUGUUGGUCCUCGGGAUCUGGUUGCGCUUCUUUGAUGGGAGCACUGAGAAGAUAUUGUGUCUGGGGUGGUGAAAGUCUUUUACAAUUCUCCUGGCCCUGGUCUUGCAUCGCUGGUUGUAGAUGUUUGUGAUGCAAGGGAGAGAAGUCCUGGUGUUCUCCGCUGCCCUCAUGACUCUGGACAGCACUUUCUGGUCCUUGGCCACGGUGCCUCCGAACCAGGUGGUGAUGCUCCCGGUGAGAAAGCCUUCACCACCCUGUGAGAGACCUUGAACCUAUCCAGACAUCGUAGAUGGUAGAGACGAUGGUGCGCCCUUGUCACCAAGCAGUUUGUGUGAAGUCCGUGAGAGGUCUUCUGUGAGAUGGACCCCAAGGUAUUUAAAGCUGCUCACCCUCUCGACCGUGGCCCUGUUGAUCAACGGGGGCUGUAGUUCCUCGCCUGCUUCUUCCUGUAGUCAAUAAUCAUCCUUAGUCUUGGUGAUGUUCCGGGAGAGAUUGUUAUUUCGAAACCAUGUGGAGAGGAUAUUCACUUCCUCUAAGUAGGCCCUCUCGUUGUUGUUGGUGAUGAGGCCUACCACCACUGUGUCGUCUGCGAACUUCACCAGCUUGUUGGAGCUGGGUGUGGCCGUGCAGUCACUGGUGUUGAGGGAGUACAGCAGGGGGCUCCAGUGCUGAGGGUGUGUGCGCAGGAGGUGUGGUUUCCCAUCCUGACCGCCUGGGGGCGUCCGGUCAGGAAGUCCAGAAUCCAUUGGCAGAUGGAGAAGUUUAGAUCCUGGAGCUCUUUGCAGAGGCGUGAGGGAACGAUGGUGCCGAAGGCAGAGCUGUAAUCCACAAACAGCAUACUUUUGGGGACAGGAUUGAUGGUGGAGGACGUGAAACGUGGGGACAACACACUGGUUGAGGGAGAGGUUAAAAAUGGUGGUAAAGACUGGCGCUAGUUGGUUAGCACAGACUUUUAGCACACUUCCAGGGAUGUUGUCCGGACCACAUGCUUUCCUGGUGUUAACUUUGUGUAGCACCUUCCUCACGUCCAGUUCUGCAAUGACCGGUCUUUCCUCUUCCCCAGCUAAACCUGAUGGUUCAUACUCACGGUUUUCCUGGUCUGUGCUGGUAACCUCAAACCGUGAAUAGAUGAUCUUCAAUUCAUUGGCUAGGGAGGCACUGGCAUUAUUAAUGGUGGGGGGCUUGGGUUUGUAGACUGUAACAGUUUGCGUGCUCUGCCACAGAUGCCUGGAAUCUCCCUGCUCAAACUGGGUCUAAGUCUUGUCUCUGUAUUUCCUUUUGGCUUCCCUCACCAUUUUCCUCAGGUUGUAGGAAGCCAUUUUGUAUCCAUCCAUGUUGCCAGUCUGCAGCCCUGCGUUGUAGGAAGCUCUGUGCGCAUUCAGACCGUUCCGCACGGAUCGGCCUACCCAUGGCUUCUGAUACGUGUGGGAAUAGACUCUCAGAAACUCUGUAUAACUGAGCACCGCUGCUGUAAACUCGCUGACGUCAUCAGAGCGGCGCCGGAACAUCUCCCAGUCUGCGUCCUCCAGCGCAUCUUGUAGCGUGGCUUGUGAUUGGUCAGACCAGAGCUGCGUCUCUCAUGUCACCAUGAUGAGACCCAUCAUCACUCUGAUAAUAGAGCUGGAGCUGUUGGUGGCCACACAGGUUACACAGGACACAGCUGUUGGUGGCCACACAGGACACAGCCUUAAGGGAGUGUACUGGAUGUAUAGCAUCCCAACUUAACCACCUGCAGUUUGCUGGUGAGAAAGUUCUGAACCCCUUUGCAGAGCAAGUUGUUCAGCCCCAGGAAUCUCAUCCUCAUGACCAGGAUGGGGGGGAACAAAGGUAUUGGUGGGGGAGUGGUGGCUCAAUGGUUAAGGCUCUGGGUUACUGAUAAGAAGGUCAGGGGUUCAAUCCCCAGUGCUGCCACUGUUGGGCCCUUGAGCAAGGCCUUAACCCUCUCUGUUCUCCAGGGUGCCAUAUCAUGGCUGACCCCAGCUCCCUAACAAGCUUUGGUAUGUGAUGAUAUAUGUAUAGGUGUCUAUGUAUAGGUGACAAAUAAGGGCUUCUUCUACUUUUAUUGAAAGCCUAAUUGUAGUUGAUGAAAAGCAAUCUCACAUAGUUCCCCUUCCCCUUGUCUGGGUGGGAUAAAGUGUAGUGCAGCAGGUGGGAGAUGGUCACCUUUGUACUUCUUUUGAGUCUGUAGGCAAACUGGGUUCUUGUGGGUUCUUGUAGUCCUUCAGUAGCCUUUCACCUAACAUCAUAUCAAUAACAUCCUUUAAAAAAAAAAACAGCCAGAGAAAUAAUCAAUUAAUUGACCGAUUUAUCUGUUUAUAAAUAGUGUUACAUAAGCACAGAGAAAUGACUAAUAAAAUGCAGUUAUAACAAAAUGCAUAAAGUAAACUAAUUCAUUUAUUCGUGUAUUUGAUUAAAAUGAUGGGAGAGAUUGCAUAAAUCUGUUGCAAAAUGUUUAAUUUUUUAUGGUUCUAUCAGGUGAACCAACGUGCACCUGUCGUGAUCACAUCAAACACUUCAUUGAACUCACAUUUAUCAUUUUUUGGCAUUUUCUCCAAGCACAAAACAUAGAAAAAUGAGCCAUAAGAAACUCUGAGUGCUACACUGAGUACAUUGACUGACGUCACGCUGCUUGUUUGAUUAAAGACAACGAUUUGACAUCAUCGUGUUGAAAAACAGUACAAAAGAAGACGCUAACUAUUAUGAUCAACAUGUAACAAAGAAAUGAUGGGGAAAAAAGUGCUCGUGCAGAGCAAUGGCUGGUGCAGAAGGGAAAAUAUUGUUGACAAACGCUAACCGGAAAUAAAUGUUAGACUAACUACUGUUACUUUGGUGUGAGUUUGAGAAUGUGUGCCUUUGCAUUUCCUUAUCGAAAUCAUUUUUAUAAAGUGAGAUGCUAUGUAUGUCCUUGUCAAUGAAAAACCUUCUGUGUAAAACAACCUUACGUGUUGUUUUAGAACGUUAAGUAAGACAGGUACAAAAAAAAAAAAACUUUUAUUACUAUCCCUUGUCUACCUGAACGUCUACCUCGGGAUGUUGGUUUGGUAACGGUUCCCUGUUUGACCAAGCAACAGGGACGCCUUGUGUAUGCGUAUCCUUCCUGGCAGCUUGAAGCAAUCUGGCCAUUUUCCUCUGAUCUCGCAUAUAAACAAGGCUUUUCUACCCACAGAACUGUCGCUCACUUAGUGUUUUGUUUUUUUCACACCAUUCUGUGUAAACUCUAGAGACUGUUGUGUGUGAAAAUCGCAGGAGAUCAGUGGUUUCUGAAAUGCUCAAACCAGCCCAUCUGGCACCAACAACCAUGCCACGGUUACAGUGACAAAGAUCACACUUUUUCUUCAUUCUGAUGUUUGAUGUGAACGUCUAUGAAACAAGUUAGUUCCUGUUCUCACUUACAUUAUAACAGCUGUAAACAAUGUGUAAACAGCUAUAAACGUUCCCUCACCAACCUUUCUUUUUUCCUCAUGAAGAACUGACCUUACUAACUUUUACAAAGUACGCACACCUGAAGCUUAUUACAUAAAUGUUAGGUAACCUUCUCCUUACAGAAAAGUUCAAUGAUUACACACAUUUGUACUUUGUUUAUUAUUAGCCUUAGAUUAUGUGGACUGUCCUGUGAAUGAGCUGCUAUUAUAGAAAUGAUUUAUAUUACAGCUGGAACUACUGCCAGAGCUGCUGUUAUAGAAAAUGAAUACACACACUUCUGGUUUGGGAAUCCAACUGUGCUGUCAUGCUUGAAUUAUAUAGUAAGAUCUUGUAAAAUUUCACAUUAAUGGAAUUGAUGUGAGGGUGCUUUUUUGAAGCAACUUGGAGGAGGUUUAAAAAAAAAACAAAAAAAAAAAAACAACUUGGAGGAGAUUAAAAAAAAAAAGUUGUGGUCAUAAUGUCAACGUACACUUCCGCACACUUCUGCAUCUGAACUUGAACAGAAGUGUUUCCUGACUAAAUCAGACUUACUGCAGUGUGUUUAGAGCUUCUGGACAGUGUUCAAAUGUCAGCAUGAGGAUCUUGCAACUUCAAAUUUAUCUACUUGUGUGCUGUGGAGCUGCAGAAAGUUUCACAGAGAAGUUGGUAGAUUUGGGACAAAAUGUGACUGUAAAGUGUGAGAUGUCUGUAAGAGAUGUGCACUGGUUCCUGAUGAAGCCGUCAGAACCUCCACUGUUUAUAUUACGCUCUUUCUCAAGCAGAUCCCUGAGGACAGAUUACAGUAACCCGGCUUUCAGCAAGAGAUUCUCACUCCAAUAUAACAGCAGUUUAUUUAUACACAAUAUCAGUACUAAUGAAUUAGGAGUGUAUUAUUGUAUUCAAACUGGUUUACCUCCCAACAUCAGCAGUGGAAUCAGACUUUACACCCAGAAUCAUUCAGCUGAGAAUCAGACGUGUAAACUUGAGCAACACCAGAAUCAGGAAUCCAAUGUACAUGAAGAAAGCAGCCUCAUGCCGAUUCUCAUCAUAUCAGGAAUAAUGAACUGUGCUCUGGUCGUUGCACUUACAGUUUUUACAGUUCGUCACUGCAGAAGACCUCCAAAAACUCAAGCACAACCUCCAGAUCCUGGUUUACAGCCGCAUCAGGACAACACCGGCCCUGUGUAUGCUGAGGUGCAGCACACCACGAAGAACAGACCCAUCAGGACGACUAACACCAACACCACGUACGCUCUUCUAAAGCCACGAACCCCUGACCCAGAGUGACUCCACACAACGCAUGGACUUCAUAUGAUGUUUCAUCACAUCCAGGAAGAAGCCUCAUUUCUGCAGCUACUGAUAUAUAAUGGACGAUUCGUAAAUGAGUCAUUUGUAAAAUAAGAUAAAUUGAUUCAAGCAGAAACAAAUCUUUUUAGAAUUUUUUUAACGCCUAAAUUCAUAGAAAAGGUCUAAAGUGCUUUUCUAAGUUCUUUUCGAGUUGCAAAUAAAAACUCUCAUUGUUAGAGUCACCUAAAGAGAUGAUUUGGAAGAUUCAAAUCACUGAAGUGAGAUUUCCCAUAAUGCACUGGCAGUGUUUCAGUUUAAAAACUGAGGUACAGUUAUGCUGCAUUUCGACUUACCUCGGUAGUGUGGGAUGUUGGAAGUUAAAUAAUUUCUGACUUCUGUGCAUUCGAGCUACAAAGUGAAAAACCAAGGACUCCUCAAUGCCAGCUAACUGCGAUGAGCAACGUAUAUUUACCUAUAAACCAUUUAAUCAUUUAAACCAAAACUCAUUUAAAGGUAAGAAUUAGUUUACUGAUGCUGAAGCUGUGAACAGCCAUUUUGAGUUGAUGUUACUUGCUGAACUUGGGGUCGAGGAGACGAGUCGAUCAGCAGGAAUUCUGAGUUGAGGGAGCGUUUUCUUUCAUUUUUUCCUAGUCAGAGAUUGGAAAUGACAGGUUAUGACCUUUAGCCAAGUGUUACAUUUAAAUGACAGUGUAAUGAAAUAAAGUGAUAAAAUAUCUGCA